AAAAACGUAGAACUGCAAUAGCAUUGAGUGUCCACUCUGUACUAGUACUUUAUUUACUCUAUGGUCAAUUAGGUUAGGUUAGCUAAUCUAUAAAUAAUUUAAAACAUUGUGGACGGUUGAUUUGGUUAGGAUAGCUACAUUAAAGUUACGGAAAAAAAGCAUGAACUUUGGGGAACUUCAGGUUUUCAUCUGUGAAAAGAAGGCUUCCCCUUAUGACCGUGAUUAUGAAUUACAAUCCCAAAUUUAUAUCUCGUUCUCUCAAAACAGACAUAACAGCCUUGUGUUGUGUUAAAAAUGUUAUUGUGGCAGCUACCGGCAACUGGAUCAGUGUCUUCGAUGCGACGACGCACGAGGUUCUGUUGAGAGAGGAACUGUUGCGACACCAGAACAUACACGGCAUAGUGUGCAGUCCAAGCGAUGUUGUGGCGGUGUUUGGCGGGCGUCAGCUGUCCGUCUUUGUCCUCCAGACCAAUGGCUGUGUUUGCAUCUCGGGCAAGGUGCAGUGGAGCGCGCUGGACUGGGUGCUGGCUGCCCAUUGGCUGGAGGGCAGCGACUGCAUCGCGGUCCUCACCGCGCACAACACGGUCUCCCUGUGGGACCGCAGCACCAGGGAGCGAGUGAGGACGGCGCACUGCGAAGAGAAGUGCUUGGUAUACUGCGGCAGCCUGUACGGAGAGCGAUGGCAGGACCUGGUAGCCAUGGUGGGCACCGUCUUCCAGGAGAUAGUGAUAUGGACUCCCACCAGUGGCCAAGGCUCUGACGCAGUGGUCCUCCAUCGUCUGCAAGGGCACAAUGGGGCCAUAUUCUCGGUGGCGUACGAUGGGCUGAGCGGGAGGAUCAGCAGCACCUCGGACGACCGCUCGGUGCGGGUGUGGAGCGUGGAGGGGGCAGGCUGGGAGGCGGCCACCAUCAGCCUGCACUGCACCAUGUUCGGGCACCUGGCGCGCGUGUGGCGCAGUCUGUUCCUGGCCGACGGCAGCGUCGUCAGUGUCGGCGAGGACUCGCUGGUCUGCGUGUGGUCCGCCGGAGGUGACCUGGUGAAGCGCUGGAGAGUCCACCAAGGGGCGGGAGUGCGCAGCGUGGCCUAUAGCAUGGCUCAUCACUUGCUGGUGACGGGCGGGGCGGAUAGCGGCGUGGCCCUGUGGCCCCUCGCCAGGUGGCAGGGUGGCGACGGAGGGGGCUGCCGGCCCCUGCCCGCCCUGCCCGCCCUGCCCGCGGGGGAGAAGCCUCGCAGGGUGGGGCUGCUGGCUAGCGGCCGGGUGGCGGCCGUCACCAGCGCCGGCCGCCUGAUGCUGUGCGACGCUCGCCCGGGCCGCCCGCCCGAGUGGACGCAGAGCCACGGAGACCCCGCGCUGGCCAACUACUGCCUGAUGGGCUUCUCGCCGUGCCGGCGCCACCUGGCGCUCGCCUCCUUCCGCGGCUCCGUCGUCAUGUUCACAGAAAGUGGCAGUGAAGAUGACUGCCGCCUAGUGAAGAUAAUCGAAGCAACAGCAGCAGUGGACGGCCGCAUCUUCUCUCUUCACUGGCUCAGCUCCGACAGUAUUCUGACGUGUGGUGCUCGCGGAAAACUGGAGAUAUGGAAGAUUGACUACGGAGGGGGCGCGCUGGCGAAGGAGCGGCAGCUGGAGCUGCCGGCCAGCAAGGAGCGCUGGACCACGGCCGCCGUGUGCCACGGACACAUGCUCGUCUGCGGGGACCGGCUCGGGAGCGUCCACGUGUACGACUUGCGCGACUCCUGCCGGACGCAGAGCUUCUCGAGACUGCACGGCCACCUGGGCGUGUGCUCGCUGGGCGCGCGGGACGGCAGCCUGUGGUCCACGGGUCGGGACAGGACGAUGCGGAGGUUCCAGCUAGAGGGGGACUCCCUCCGGUACCUGCACGCGGACAAGCUGCCCAUGGAGUGGUGUGCGGGGACCGUGGUCUACCGCGACUCGCUGCUGGUGCUGGGGUUCUCAGAGCGGCAGCUGAUGGUGUGGAGCCCCGCGGAGGGGCAGGCCGUCCUGGAGGUGACCUGCGGGGGCGGUCAUCGCUCUUGGGACUUCCGUCUGGUGGGGGACGAGCUGGUCCUGUUGUUCGUGAAGGCAUCGCAGGUCCAUCGGAGCGUAUCCCACAUCGACCGGCUCGUCAGGCCGUCCUUGCAGGCUAGCCUGCACGCGAAGGAGCUGAACGCCGCGCUGCUCCUGCCCGGGCCACACGCCCUGCUGGUCUCGGCGGGGGAGGACACCACCCUGAGGGUCACCCCGCUGCGGGGUUGUUCCGCCCUCACCUCGCUGGCGGUGCUCCACGGUCACAUCUCCAGCGUGAGGGCCCUGGCGUCGUGGCGGGAGUCCGACCGCACCUCGCUCCUCUUCUCGGCCGGCGGUCGCGCCGAGGUGCGCGUCUGGAGGCUGUCCGUGCCCGAGGCCACAGACGCAGUUCCGCGCGUGAGCUGCGAGGAAGUGACGAGCCACAUGCUGCGACCGGGCCUCAAGAGAGCAACCCAGGAGCUGCAGGCAGACCCAGAGACUCGCUACAUGGACGUCUGCUGCUUCCCGGUGCAGCCACAACCGCAGGCGGGGUCGCCACUGGCCGUGUUCGCAGCCUGCUCCGACUCCUUCGUCAGGCUGCUGGUGUUUGAGCCGUCGAGCCAGCGGCUGCGAUUGGCCGCCAGCUCCGGCUUCCACCGGUGCUGCGUGCUGAAGGUGGCAGCCCUGCCUCCCUGCCGUGGCCGGCGAGUGGUGCUGAGCCUGGCCACCGAUGGUACCGCAGCGUUCUGGGACCUGACCCCGGCCGGGAGUCCCGCCUGCGAGCUGGUGCCCGUAUCGACCGCCCGGCCGCACCACUCGGGCGUCAACGCCUGCGACUGGACGUCCCUCGGGGACGACCGCUACCUGCUGGUCACGGGAGGGGACGACAACUCGCUCGUGGCGACGCAGCUCGAGAUCUGUGCGCAUGCUGACACUGCGGCAGUGGCCACCAGCCGGGAGUGGAACAACGCUACCGCUCACGCCGCUCAAAUUACUGGGGUGAAGUUUGCCCAGGACAACCUGCUGCUGAGUGCAGCAUUAGACCAACGAGUGGUGCUGUGGAUCUGGGGCUGGCAGUGCUGCCAACUGUCUGUGCAUGCGCUGGGUGUCUACUGCUCGGCAGUCGCUGAUAUACACGGCCUGCAAGUCUGCAGACAUGAAGGUUGCUUAUUUGCUUGCCUGUACGGGAGGGGAGUGGAGGUCCUGGAAAUUCAACUCGACUGUGAAGAUCAGAGGCAGUCAUAACUAGGCUCCAGCAAAAUUCAUAUUUGGAUACAGGCUAGAAUGCAAACCAUUAAACAUUUGGAUGAUGAUCUCAUUGGAUCAUACCUCCAAGCCUCGCCAUACCAUCACUUAUUCAAGUGAUGACAGCUUCUGUCAGUGGGAACUGCAGACAGCAAGCUGUACAAGUGUAAGAGUGACAACUGCAAUAAAUAUCUAACCAUAAAUAAAAA